CAACAAACCCAAUUACUAGGCUUUAUUGAUACUAAAAGGAAAAGUUCCCCUCGUAAAAUUUCUCUGAGCUUAUUAGUUAUUUAAAUCAGCCCCAGGGUUGGACGCGUGACGCCGCAGGCACCUUCUGUCGGCUCCUGGAGGUGAGCAGCCAGCGUCCCUGCGCCGACCCACAGCCCCUUGCUCGGUCCUGGGCACUCGGGGCGAAGGCGGGCGCAAGGAGCCGAGGUGAGCCACUGGGCAGGGGCGCAGGGCCCGGCACGCCGGGGGAGAGCUCCGCGUGGCCUAGGGUAGGACACCGGGCAUCACACUUUGGAAAGGAACAGGUCCCAGCCAGUAAUAAGGGAGUAGGCGAGUAGGCCACGCGACCGCGGGAGGAGGAGGUCAGCCGGCCCGCUGCCUGGCUCGCCAGACCCCGGCCCGCUGGGCACCGGCCCCUGCGACCCGGCCGGAGCGCUGGUGUUCGCGCCGUGAGUCCGGGCGCGGGGCGGCUCAGACCUCCAGGGCUCGCUAGUGUUUUUGUGGGUCUGGGAGCUUUGCAAUUGGGUGGGCACCAGGUGAAUUUACACCUUUCUGGGUCGCUGUCUCAAUAGUUGACAAGUCUCUCUGUGUGUAUGUGCGCGCGCGCGCGUGGAAAUGGUGGUGGGGGUGUAUGUGAACAGCUGAAUUUAUUGAAAAUAAACCCCAACCUGCCCAGUGAAGUCCUCUAAGCCCGACACGGGGUUCCCAAGUCCGGAUGUGGCUCCGGGACCGCGCGAGGUGAUGCCCUGUUCCUCUGGGCUUGGCUGUAGGGCGGGGAGGGAAGGCACCACGGGGUGGGGGAGAACUGAGCCCGAGUCGCCGCCGUCACAGCCACCUGGGCCUUUCCCGGAGGCCAAGGUCUUGACGGACUGAAAGGGUGUCCAGGGGAUUCGUGAUACCGAGAAAACAGGCGAGGCGCCAGCUCAGGAAGCCCUCUAAGUUGGUCCCCACUCCGCCGGAUACACUGCCCCCCUCGUCCCUGGCUCCAGUAGGUGUCUGGGAUCUUGGGUCCCGCAGCGGGCUUUUUCGCCCUUUCCGCUUGGUUCAAGACCGGCGUGGGCCCAUAGCCGCAAAGCGUUCGGGAGGCAACUGCGGUUUGGGUCCCCUUGCACCCGGCUGCCUGAGCUUGCCUGCCCCUACGAGGGGUGGGAGCGGAUUUCUGGACGCCUGCUGGCCUGCCUGAAAUUUGGGGUGCGGACGGGGUGCUAUCUUGGGCUACCCAGGUGUACUUUUCAUUUCAAGGGGUUGGGGCAAACUGUGGGCGUUCGUAUUUUGCACGCGCCAGGGCAUUUUUGUGUUGAGUGGUCCGGUGGUACCCUGGGCCAGGGACCUGCCCAUCCCCCGCCACAUCCUUAACCCGUGGACUGCAGGCGACGCGGAAGGGUUGGCUCCGGGACGCGACCGGCAGAGCCGGCGCCGAAGGUUUCGGCCUCAGCCCACGCGGUGGCGCUGUCGGGAGAGGACGCCAGGGCUCGGGGCCGGGACCCGGGCAGUGACCCGGGCUCGAGGGUGGCGGGACGUUGACGCCAAGCCGAGGCCUCGGGGCUCUUCGCAGCCACCUUGGGCCUGAGAUCCUCUGCCUCACUCGGUGUUUCCCUAAGGAAAACGCAGCGGGUGGGGAGCGCCACCCGGGGCCCCAACUCCGGCAGCUCCGAGCUGGGGGCGGGGACGCAGCGGCGGCUCCUUGGGCGCUUCCUUUUCUUCCCCCACCCUUGCCUUGUUGCCCCGGUUUACAGUCGAUUUCUACAAGUAAACUAGAUUAGCAGGGCAGUCAUUCUCUCGCAGCGUGGUUGCAGAAGGGGACCCACCUAUUAUGUUCUGGGCUCUGCAAAAGAAUGAAGGGCGCCCGGGGGGGGCGUUGCCUGGUGUGGCUAGGGUGGUGCUCCAGGCCGCAGGACCCUCCGUCUUCCCCGGUCCCCCGGCCCGCGGCCGCCGAAGGGACACCAGAUCUCCUGCCAACGACUCCCCCAGCUCUGAAACCUAUCUCCUCGCUUUCUUCCCCCAGGGCAGGCAGUGCCCACACCCGACGCCCAUCUCCUACCCCGGGGAGCCCAGUGCAGAAAGCUCCCGGUCCUCGCCCGAGGCAGCUCCUGGGCCGACCUUGGCACCUCCCUUCCCGCCCACCCGGACCCUGAACGGUCGGCCCCACUAGCCCCAGACCCUUGGGCCUCUGGGGUGCUAGGCUCACCGCCUAGCGCGGACUCGUUGCCCACCAUCCUUCCCCAUCAGUCGUCCCUCUGAGGCGUAUCUCUCUGCUCGGGCCGCAGGGGCUCUUUCGUUUGGGGCCGGAAGGAGGACCUCCAGUCUCUACCUCCGGCGGCCGACGGCUUCCUCCCCUCUCCGCCCCCGCCCAGGCCCCCUGAGCCGCCGGGGAAGCCAGGAGUCAUUUAUCUUUGCCUGGCGCGGGUUGGGAUUUGUCCGGCUCUGAUGCCAACGAGGAAGGCGUGCGGAUAACGAAAAGUACUGAACUCCUAAUAUCACCAAUUCUUCUAAGUUCCUGGACAUUGAUCCGGAGGAGGAUUCGCAGUUCAACAUCAAGGUCCCUGUGCGUUUUAUUGCGACCUGCCGGUGGGAACUUUGUCUCCGAGUCGGAGCAGCAUGGAGCGGCGGAGCGAGAGCCCGUGUCUGCGGGACAGCCCCGACCGGCGGAGCGGCAGCCCGGACGUCAAGGGGCCUCCCCCGGUGAAGGUGGCCCGGCUGGAGCAGAACGGCAGCCCCAUGGGAGCCCGCGGGAGGCCCAACGGCGCCGUGGCCAAGGCCGUGGGAGGUUUGAUGAUUCCUGUCUUUUGUGUCGUGGAGCAGUUGGACGGCUCUCUUGAAUAUGACAACAGAGAAGAACACGCUGAGUUUGUCCUGGUGCGGAAAGAUGUGCUUUUUAGCCAGCUGGUGGAGACUGCGCUCCUGGCCCUGGGGUAUUCUCACAGCUCUGCGGCCCAGGCCCAAGGAAUAAUCAAGCUGGGAAGGUGGAACCCUCUCCCCCUCAGUUAUGUGACAGAUGCACCCGACGCGACAGUGGCCGACAUGCUACAAGAUGUCUAUCAUGUUGUGACGUUGAAAAUCCAAUUACAAAGUUGUUCAAAGUUGGAAGACUUGCCUGCGGAGCAGUGGAACCAUGCCACAGUCCGCAAUGCCUUAAAGGAACUGCUCAAAGAGAUGAACCAGAGCACAUUAGCCAAAGAAUGCCCUCUCUCCCAGAGUAUGAUUUCAUCCAUUGUAAAUAGCACAUAUUAUGCCAAUGUGUCAGCAACCAAGUGCCAGGAGUUUGGGAGAUGGUAUAAAAAGUACAAGAAGAUUAAAGUGGAAAGAGUGGAACGAGAAAACCUUUCAGACUAUUGUGUUCUGGGCCAGCGUCCAAUGCAUUUACCAAAUAUGAACCAGCUGGCAUCCCUGGGGAAAACCAACGAACAGUCUCCUCACAGCCAAAUUCACCACAGUACUCCAAUCCGAAACCAAGUGCCCGCAUUACAGCCCAUCAUGAGCCCUGGUCUUCUUUCUCCCCAGCUUAGUCCACAACUUGUAAGGCAACAAAUAGCCAUGGCCCAUCUGAUAAACCAACAGAUUGCCGUUAGCCGGCUCCUGGCUCACCAGCAUCCUCAAGCCAUCAACCAGCAGUUCCUGAACCAUCCACCCAUCCCCAGAGCAGUUAAGCCAGAGCCAACCAACUCUUCCGUGGAAGUCUCUCCAGAUAUCUACCAGCAAGUUAGAGAUGAGCUGAAGAGGGCCAGUGUGUCCCAAGCUGUCUUUGCAAGAGUGGCAUUCAACCGCACACAGGGAUUGUUGUCUGAGAUUCUGCGUAAGGAAGAAGACCCUCGGACAGCCUCUCAGUCUCUUCUAGUAAACCUGAGGGCCAUGCAGAAUUUCCUCAAUCUGCCAGAAGUGGAGCGAGAUCGCAUCUACCAGGAUGAGAGGGAACGGAGUAUGAAUCCCAAUGUGAGCAUGGUCUCCUCGGCCUCCAGCAGUCCCAGCUCCUCCCGAACCCCUCAGGCCAAAACCUCGACACCGACAACAGACCUCCCUAUUAAGGUGGAUGGCGCCAACAUCAACAUCACAGCUGCCAUUUAUGACGAGAUCCAACAGGAGAUGAAAAGGGCCAAGGUGUCUCAAGCCCUGUUUGCCAAAGUGGCUGCAAAUAAAAGUCAGGGCUGGCUGUGUGAACUGCUCCGCUGGAAGGAGAACCCAAGCCCAGAAAACCGCACCCUCUGGGAAAACCUCUGUACCAUCCGUCGCUUCCUGAACCUUCCCCAGCAUGAGAGGGAUGUGAUCUAUGAGGAGGAGUCAAGGCAUCACCACAGCGAACGCAUGCAACACGUGGUCCAGCUUCCACCUGAGCCGGUGCAGGUACUUCAUAGACAGCAGUCUCAGCCAGCCAAGGAGAGUUCCCCUCCCAGAGAAGAAGCGCCUCCCCCACCUCCUCCGACUGAAGACAGUUGUGCCAAAAAGCCCCGGUCUCGCACAAAGAUCUCCUUAGAAGCCCUGGGGAUCCUCCAAAGCUUUAUUCAUGAUGUAGGCCUGUACCCUGACCAGGAAGCCAUCCACACUCUUUCGGCUCAGCUGGAUCUCCCCAAACACACCAUCAUCAAGUUCUUCCAGAACCAGCGGUACCAUGUGAAGCACCACGGGAAGCUGAAAGAGCACCUGGGCUCAGCGGUGGACGUGGCCGAGUAUAAGGACGAGGAGCUGCUGACCGAGUCAGAGGAGAACGACAGCGAGGAAGGCUCCGAGGAGAUGUACAAAGUGGAGGCUGAGGAGGAAAAUGCUGACAAAAGCAAGGCAGCACCUGCCGAAAUUGACCAGAGAUAAUGUGAACUUCUACUAGGCAAAGCAAUACAUCGGUCCAAGGAUUUUCUGCUUUCAUUUCUUUACAAGUUUUUUGUUUGUUUGUUUUUUGUUUUUGUUUUUGGGUUUUUUUUGCUUUAUUUUUGUCUUUUUAUGUCUGUUUUGUUUUUCUUACCCUUUUGGACAUUUCUUUGUUGCACAGGAUACACCUAUAGACUGAAUAAGUUCAGUAUUUCCGAAUCAGACAUCGCCUUGGCAAAGACACUAAAGCGUUACACUUUAUCCCGUCUCUAUGACUGGAUCAUAGUCAUUAUAAUCACAGGAGACUCUGCCUUCAUUAUCCUUGCACUUAACGGAAGUUACAUCAGGCAAGUUCCAGGAUGAAAAGAACUAUGAAAUAAAUGAAGGAAGCUACAAGUGUAUGUGUAUAUGUAUAUGUAUAUAUCUCUAUAUUUACAUAUAUAUAUUAAAAUUGCAUGGGACAGAGACUUUGCAAUCCGAAAGAAUAGACUGUGAAAUGAGUUCUUAAAGAAAAGACUUGUUUAUGUAUUAAAAAAAACCACUUCACAGUGAGUCGCUUUGGCUUUUUGAUAAACUGCGGCCUGCUCUCAGGGUGGGGUGACUAUUUUUGAAUUCCUAUUUAUUUUUUGUGUUUGUCCCUGAUUUUUUUUUUUUUUUAAUUCUAUGGCUUCCUAUCUGGCAGCUUAAUGGGUAAUUUUUGAGGUAUGUAUUUAACAAAAUAAACAACACUGCCGAAAAAAAAAAAAAAAAAGUAAAGUGAAAAAAAUCAGGGCACAUUAAAAUGAUACAAGUCAAAUUAAUCUUAAAGACACAAUGCACACUUAAAAUGACUCAAUAAAAUGACUUGCUACGUUCCGUUAUUCAAUUUGUCAUUACUGUAGUGAACAGAUGCAUUUCUCUGGAAUUCCAAAUAAGUAAAACUGAAAUUCAGUGCAGAGAAAACUUUGUCCAUUAGUGCAAGUCUUGAUCAAAUGACAUUUUGACAUUGGACAUAUGGUAUUCAUAGUAUGAGCCACAUUUUGUUGUGAAAUUUAUUUUCCUGCUUGUGGCUUCAAAUCUGAAAAUUAAUAAGCCUGCUCGUUGAAAAGUUGUUUGUUGUUGCUGUUUUUUUUUUGUCUUUUUGUUUUUUACUAGAAAAUAGUUCAGUGUAAUAUUAAGUUAGAAAAGAAGUUGCCGCCCAGUUAAAGGGGCUCCCUCUCAAAGAAAUCUCCAUCCUUCCCUCUCCCAAAAGACGUUUCUGAUUUCUGUUUCACUUUGGGCUUCCUCUUCUUUGUACACAUUCCAUCUACCUAAUCAAACAUUUUCAGUCCCUAAUCUCUCCUGUCCCUUUUCCUGGGAUGACAGCCCUAACAAGAACUGUUUUUGAAUUGUUGUGCAGCUCCAGGCAAUAGAGUAUGUGAAGCGAUUUCAGUAGAAUCACCUACUCAUCAUAAAAGAAAACAUUAUCCCAGUUACCUACAUCGCAAUUACCUUAUGUAAAGCAGAACUAAUGCUGACUGGAUGUUUAAUGGGAUGAGCAUUAAAGCUGCAAUCUACUAUAGUACUCCAGAUCUCUUUCAGCUUCCUAUGAGAAACACCAGAAGCAUUACUUUCCACUUCUACUUACAGUAAUUGCAAGAGGAGACCUCACAUUCAGGACUGGCCUAGUGAACGCAAUCCAUGGUUUAAACUGGCCAUUAAACAGUCCCACAUGGUUGGAUUUUUUUUUUUUUUUUUUUGAGUUGUGCUUUCACGAAACCUUGUCAAAGACCUCAUGCAAUAUCACUUUGAAAGUUAUUUUCUGUUUACUACACAAACAUUGUAAUAUAACUGUUAAUACUAUUUAUAUAUUUGAAAGGUAUAAAAGGUAGGAGUUAAAAAAAAAACCUCUAUGUGUAGAUAUUAACUCAGAACUUACAAUAUACAGGGAGAAGACAUGUUGCAAUACAAGCUAAUUCUAGCUGCUCAGUAACCUCUGGAGUUUUUAAAGGGACAUUUUCCUGUACUUUUUCAAAUAAUGAUGUUUAAAAAUUAUCUUGACAUGAGCGUCAUAUACCUUUGCAAAAGGAUGGUUGUUUGCAGUUAGCCCUGGCCCCAUCCUUCCUAUUUCUGUAGUAUGCUGCAGCUUUAAUCAGAAAGUCCAUGGUUGCUGCUUCCUGAUCUCCGAGUUACUCUUUCCAAAUUGUCUUCUUACACUGUUGCUGAAGGUCACUCUGUACACGUAAUGGAAACUGAUUUUGCCAAGCUCUUACAAGGUGGUUCAUCUAUCGAUGGCAUCCGCAUUUGGUAUCUUUUACACUUCAACCAAAAAUUUAUUAGGUAUUUUUCAAUGCUAAGUCUUGCCUUUUAUUUUUUAAUUUCACUGCCAAGUUUGCAGUGGUUCUAAGUGAAUCUGUGGGCAUUUUAGCCUGUGGUCUUGCCAGAUCUUUGCGAAUUACAAUGCAUAUAUGUCUAUUUAUUCAAUAUCUGUCAUAUAAUAUCUAUUUGGAAGAAGAAACUUUCUCUUGUAGUGCCUCUUGACAAAGCACAAUUUCCCGCCUUUUUUUUUUUUUUUUUUGUGAAAUGAAGAAAACAAAUUGUGUUUUAUUGCGGUAUCAACAAUGUGAAUAAGGAUUAACAUAUUGUAAAUGUUCUUUUUUCCAUGUAAAUCAACUAUCUUUGUUAUCACUAAGUGAUAAUUAAUUUUUAACUUAUGUGCAUUGUUAGGCUGUUAGAAUUUUUUGGUUGUUAAAAUAAACGCAUUCAAUAAA